CGGGCGGAGCUGGUCCCGUUGUGCUGCGGCUCCGCGCGGCCUGCAGUCCCGGGCCCGCGCCCCGCGCCGCCCGCCCGCCCGCCCGCCAUGGAACCCCGCCCCGACGGCCCCGCCGCCUUCGGCCCCGCUGACAUCCACGAGGGCUGGUUCCGCGAGACGUGCAGCCUGUGGCCCGGCCAGGCCCUGUCGCUGCAGGUGGAGCAGCUGCUACACCAUCAGCGCUCGCGGUACCAGGAUAUCCUUGUCUUCCGCAGUAAGAGCUACGGCAACGUGCUGGUGUUGGACGGCGUCAUCCAGUGCACGGAGCGGGACGAGUUCUCCUACCAGGAGAUGAUAGCCAACCUGCCCCUUUGCAGCCACCCCAACCCUCGCAAGGUGCUGAUCAUCGGGGGUGGGGAUGGAGGUGUCCUGCGGGAGGUGUUGAAGCAUUCCUCCGUGGAAUCUGUGGUCCAGUGUGAGAUUGAUGAGGAUGUCAUCCAGGUCUCUAAGAAGUUCCUGCCGGGCAUGGCUGUGGGCUACUCCAGCUCCAAGCUGACCCUGCACGUGGGCGACGGUUUCGAGUUCAUGAAACAGAACCAGGAUGCCUUCGAUGUUAUCAUCACUGACUCCUCAGACCCUAUGGGCCCUGCAGAGAGUCUCUUCAAGGAGUCCUAUUACCAGCUCAUGAAGACGGCCCUCAAGGACAACGGCGUCCUCUGCUGCCAGGGCGAGUGUCAGUGGCUGCACCUGGACCUCAUCAAGCAGAUGCGGCAGUUCUGCAAGUCGCUCUUCCCCGUGGUGGCCUACGCCUACUGCACCAUCCCCACCUACCCCAGCGGCCAGAUAGGCUUCAUGCUGUGCAGCAAAAAUCCCAGCACCGACUUCCGGAAGCCCGUGCAGCAGCUGACGCAGAAGCAGGUGGAGCAGAUGCAGCUGAAGUACUACAACUCGGACGUGCACCAGGCCGCCUUCGUCCUGCCCGAGUUCGCGCGCAAGGCCCUGAACGAUGUGAGCUGAGCCCAGGCGCUGCCACCGCCGCCCAGGACCUCAGGCCGGGGAGCCCCCGGGGCGCCUGGGCGCCCCAAGCCCUGGACGAGACCCCCCCGCCCCGCCGGUGUGCCCACCAAGCAAGUGUUACAGGCCCCAGAAUGCUGCCCGGGCUGCCCCGCCGGGCGGACUGUCUGUCUCUCUGUCGGCAUGGCGUCCGGCCUCCAAGCCGCUACCAGCUGUGUACAGCACCUUCUCCACCUUCUGUCGCCCUCACUCACCAAACACGUGUAUUUAUAACAAAUUCCGAACCAUGUGUCCCCAGACCUUGAAUGGGCCCAGGCAGGUGCCCCAGCAGCUCUCGUGGGGCGCUCCCGUGUAUGGGGCUCAGCCUCUGGGUGUCUGCCACGUGUGGUGAACAGGAAGACCUGGCCCUCCUGUGUCACCUGGGACUGGCCCCCUGGCCUCUGGUACUAGGGGGCACCACAGUUACCAGACCGGACCCAAGUCUGUCCAGAGACACUGCCGUGGUCAGUCCUUCACCAGGCCGCACAGAGGGCAAAGGUGACAGACCCCCGGGGCCAGGGCUGUGGGGUUGAGAAGAUCAUGGUGGGGCCGCUCUGGGACUUUGCUGUCUCAAGAACGAGGGUCACUCACAGGGUUGUCUGGGCCACUCCCAAGGCAGUGGGCAGGUACGUGGUUGGGGUCCAGUUGUUGGGCCUGUUUAAGCAUAUCAGGUGCCCUGACUCAGGAUUCAGACUUAGGUUCAAAUCCCACCCACCAACCCAGGAGCGCGCUCUGGUGAAUUCCCAGAAGUACCCCCACAAAGUGUCAAGAGGUUGAGAAAGCAAGUGUGGGUGGCCUUCCCAGGACUCUGUGGGUGCAGGACAGUCCCCUCUCCAAGGUCCUGAAUCUCCCUCCUCUUCCCCAGGCACCUCACCCUUCCCACCAGCCAGGACUGAGGCCCUCCUAGGAGGAGAGUAGCCACAUAAUGGGGUGCAGAUUGGGGGAGGGGUGCCUCCAGCCCACUCCUGUCUCAGGAUCUGCAGGAAAGGGCCCUGCUCUUUGGAAAAGCUAACCUCACCAACACCUUUCUCUACCCUGGGCAGAAGCAUGGCCAGAGGAUGGGUUGACCUGGAAGACCUGGCAGGAAGGGGACAAGGGAGUGGCUCUGGCAGGGAGGUUGGGCACCAGAACACCCCCGACCUGCACCUGCCAUGGGCAGCUACCUUGGACCUGGCAGUUUCUGGCGGGGCUGGAACCGUAGUCAUCAUAGGGGAGGGGAACAAGCCUCUAGCUGCACAGCCAACUUCUAGAAAGAUUUCAGAGAGGACAUUUGCCCUCUCUGGGCUCCACGCACCCCCAUCCCCUUUGAACAUGUGAUCACAAGCUAACUUUGCCAUCCCACCACCCCCUAACCCUAGAACAAUCUUAAAACCAGGCCUCAUGGUGGACAUUGUUUACCCAGGUCUCCCUACUCCCAGCGAGGCCAGGUGGGGACAUGACAUGAGCCACAAGGCAGAGUGUCUGUUAAAGGAAGGUGACAGUGGCUAAUUAUGAAGGUCUGACCCAACCCAGGUCUCCUUCCUUAAACCCUGCAGCUGCCCAUGAGGAAGGUGCUUUAACUGCAUGAGAAAGGUAGAUGACCUGCCCAAGACCACACACCUAGUAAGCACAUGGAGGACACCAGGCAACUGGCCUUCGGAGAGCCACUCCACUCUAUUUGACCUGCCCUGUGUGCCUCCUCUGCAUCCCAGUGCACCCCAGCAGGGACAUCCCCAGAUGUUCACUCUCCUUUCCUAGCUCAUCUUACCAAACUCCAGGAAGGUCCAUCCCCAGGGUGACCCUGGAAGGCUGCUGGAAGGGGCUCUGGAUCUGGGUCUGAAUCUCAACUCCAUCCCCUGUUGGCUCAGUGGCAUGAACUGCUCAGCCCCCCGGCUCGCUUGCCUUGUUGGCAAAGUCAUUAAGGGCAACGUUCCUCACCUGUGACAGGCUCGGCUAAGAAGCGUGGGUCAUGCAGUGCUUGCGGAACUCGUGGGAAUCAGGACUGUCCGUUGGGUCAGAGGAAGGGGAGAGGGGGCCCCAAAUUGUAGAAAGAGUUGGGGUCCUUGGGGAAUCAAGAAUCCCCGACCUGCACAUUGAAGUUGUCUGCAAUGGAAGUCCUUCCACUUCCCCAGCUUUUGGUAAAGUCUCCUUGAAGGGGUGCACGUGAAGGACUAGCACUGGACCCCACAUCUAGACAGAUGGGACGGGAGACAGGGACUGAUGGCCCAAAGCAGAAGCAGGACAUUCGGUGCAGACAAGGCCCGAGCCCUGAGGUCCCAGAAACCCCGAGAGGGCCAUGAACAGGCCCCACCUGUG